AUGCAUGACAACGUUCUGAUUGGGGUUAUUCUGGUGGUAGCGUUCGUCACCCCAGUCUUUGCGUGGUUCUUCUACCUUUGGUAUCGAUCACAUAUCACCCAAAUGCACCAAGAAAGCCAAAUCUACGACAGAAGAAACCGGGAUCGCGCCCACGCCAACUAUGAGCCCGCGAAUGGAGCCCCGAACCCCGUAACUGGACCCUACUUUACUCCUCGCGGGUGGGUUCGCCCAAAGACCCGAGGAUCAUCCCAUGUCCUGCGUCCGCCACAGUAUGUUCACCCUCGGCAGCCGAUAUUUACCGGUAUCCCGCAUUCUGACCAACAUUUCCAAGGACCGAACCGAGCGAACACCCAUAGUCCUCAGACGGUGAACCAGCAGCCGAACCCAUUAUCCAAACGGCAGCAAAGGAAAAGACGAGCGCUACAAAAUAAACAAAGGCAGCAAGAGCAACAGCAAAGAGGGCAGCAGCAAAGUCAGAUUGACCAGGGGGGCAAACAGAAUCGAAAAAACCAACGGAAACAGAAGAACAAGAACCAAGGCCAGAACCAGCAGAAGUCCCCCAUUCACCAGUCUCCCAAAGCCCAAUCUCCCAAAUUUCAGGGCCAAGACGAGCAAAAUAAUCAGUGGGGAAAUACAGUAGGACAACAUGAACAAACGACCAACCAUGACGGUAGAAGUGGCUGGGGAAAUGAUCGAAACUCAUGCGAUAGUCAACGCAAUACUGGGUGGAACGAUAACAACAACCACUGGAGCAGCAAUUCCAACAAUGAGCGAGGAGGGCAGAGAAAUAGUGUAUCACAUUCCCCAAGACGAAACUCACGAGACAAUCAGAACAAUCCCCCAGAUCGAGCGUCAAGAAACGAAGUGGAAUCCCGUGGCUGGGGUCAGAGUGACGAUGGUGCACAGCAAAACAGCCAUCCACGGAGCAACCAUUCCAAAGAAGAUCAUCAUGACCGCAACGAUGGAUGGGGAGAUAAUGAUACAAAAAGUUACAAGAAAAGCAAAGAUUACCGCUAUGCAUCGCUGGAGGGAACGUCAAGAGGAAGAUCAAGCCCCAACCGUGACUGGGGACACAAUGACCAUGGGGAGCAGGGAAACAGCUGCAACAGGUCCAACUCCUGGGGACACGCAGAAGAACAACAUGGCGGUGGCAAUGAAUCCUGGAGCCAGGAUGGCAAUAUGCAUCGGGACCCAAAGGAGAAAAAGGAGCGCUGGCAGAUUGAAUUGGAAGAGAAUGAGAAGAGGCGCCGCAGCCUAAGCCCCCCAGGAGGCUCAGAUGCAGGAUGGGACAAGUGUAGUCGGGCUUCAGGCUGGAAAAAGACACAGAAAUGGUGA